AUGAUUUCCAAGAGCAUGUUCUCUAAAGAAUUUCUCAGGCUUAAAAUCUAAUACAGGAGUGACUCAGUAGAACAAAUACAGGAGCGACUCCAUUCUACCACUAUGAAGAAAAGUGGUGUUCCUCUCCUUUUGGGUAUCAUCUUCCUGACUCUGACUGGAGUUCAAGGAAUUCCAACAAUGAGGAAUGGACGCUGUUCCUGCAUCAACACCAGCCCGGGAAGGAUCCAUUCAAAAUCCUUAAAGGACCUUAAACAAUUUGCCCCAAGCCCUUCUUGUGAGAAAACUGAAAUCAUUGCUACAAUGAAGAACGGGGAUCAAACCUGUCUAAACCCAGAUUCAACAGAUGUGAAAGAAUUGAUUAAAGAGUGGGAGAAACAGGUCAACCAAAAGAAAAAGCAAAAGAAAGGGAAAAAAUAUAAAAAAAACAAGAAACUUCCAAAAGCUAAAAAAUCUCUACAUCCUCCUCAAAAGAAGACUACAUGA